GCUUAGCAAACCACCAUGAAGAGAGCUGUAGCAGUGCUUCUUAUUGUUAUGAUUCAGGUGGCACCCACCAUGCCAGUUUUAAUGGCAUGGAAUCACCACCCUACUACAGGAAAAUGCCCACUUGAUGCUCUGAAGCUGGGAGCCUGUGUUGAUGUGCUUAGUGGCCUUGUGCACAUAGGCAUUGGAGACCCAAUUGUAAACCAGUGCUGCCCAGUGAUUGAAGGAGUUUUGGCAUUGGAGGCAGCGUUGUGUUUGUGUACAACAAUCAGGGCUAAGCUUCUCAACCUUAAUAUACUUGUUCCACUAGCACUGCAGCUUAUUGCUGCUUGUGGAAUGACUCCUCCUCCGGGCUUCAAAUGCCCUGCUCACUAA